UUUAUUGUGCCUAGUCACCCCUCACCAGCAAUAGCGCCGGAGUUUUUUAUAGGGAACUCAGAAAUUAACCUGAUCAGAAGUUAAGAGAGAGAGAGAGAGAGAGAUGGCAGAAAUGUACUGCUACAGGGAGGCGUUGCCCUUCGCAGCCAUGGUGACCAUGGAGUGUGUCAACGUUGGCUUAAACACACUUUUCAAAGCAGCUACUUCGGCAGGCAUGAGCUACCAUGUUUUCGUUCCCUAUGCUUAUGCAGUAGCUGCUCUUGUUCUCCUUCCUGCUCCUUUCGUUUCCCACAGAUCAAGAGUGCUUCCUCCACUGAGCUUCUCUAUACUCAGUAAAAUCGCUCUUCUCGGGCUUAUAGGGAGCUCGUCUCAGAUCAUGGGCUUCACUGGUAUCAAAUAUAGCUCACCAGCUCUUGCUUCAGCCAUCAGCAACCUCACGCCAGCUUUUACUUUCAUAUUUGCCAUCAUUUUCAGAAUGGAAAGGGUUGCGUUACGAAGAACAAGCAGUCAGGCCAAACUCCUGGGCACCAUCUUGUCAAUAGCAGGUGCUUUUGUAGUGACUCUCUACAAGGGCCCGCCAAUAAUUAUAUCGCCGAACUCCUCCAUUCCGCUCAGUCAACAUCUUCACUCGACAAACAGCAAUUGGAUAGUUGGUGGCAUACUUCUCACUGCCGAGUAUGUUCUAGUUCCGCUAUGGUACAUUCUUCAGACACAGAUAAUGAAGGAGUACCCGGCAGAGUUAACGGUGGUCUUCUUUUACAAUCUAACUGUCAGCAUCAUAGCGGCAAUUGUAGCACUAAUUACAGAAGGAACUUCGAGUGCAUGGUUAGUGCGGCCAAAUAUAGCACUAGCUUCCAUUCUUUGCUCGGGGCUCCUGGGGUCAUGCCUGAACAAUACUGUUCACACAUGGGCUCUGCACUUGAAGGGACCUGUCUUUGUAGCAAUGUUCAAGCCAUUGUCGAUUGCCAUUGCUGUUGCGAUGGGCGUCAUGUUCCUUGGUGAUAUUCUUUAUCUCGGAAGUGUGAUCGGAGCAACAAUUAUAUCUAUUGGAUUUUACACCGUAAUGUGGGGGAAAGCCACAGAAGAGCUGGGUGAUGAUUGCAAUGCUGCUAAGCCGGAAUCCUCGUGUGCCCAGAAGGUCCCUCUAUUACAAGGCUACAAUGCUACGAAGCUACAAGAUGAACAAGUAUAGGUAGGAGCAGACAGACUUUAUAUGUACAUAAAAUUAACGGCAAAAGCCAAAUUGUUCAACAACCAUCCAGUUAUUGGAAAAGAAAAUGGCAUACAUGGUCAGGCCUUGGUUUGUA